GCCAUAUUCAACUCCCGCAGCCCAAGGGUGAUCUUUCUUUUCUCACCUCUGUUCAUUGUGUCUUCUUUUCAUCCCAAUAAGGGUCUUUUUCGUGCACUCUGUAUAAGCACCAGAGCACAAUCAACAAUACAACCACCUGCUCAACUUGAUCGCGCUUCGAGAAGAGAGCGCCAUGGUUGGGAAAAAGUCUGGGAAGGCUCUUCGAGAUGAAGGCCUAGAACGAACCGACAAUAACAUGGAGCUGUCGAGCUGGCCUCAGAUAGCUCCAAUCAACCAGAAGAAUUACUAUACCGAUUACCUCAAGAGAGACGACCAGUACCUGGCCUUUAGGUUGCAAAAUGAAGAGAAUAGGAACCGGAUGGCUAAGACCGCCAAGGAUCGCGACCGUGCGCUUGCGAUGGCGAAGGCAAAUGAUCUGGGUAUACCCGAAGCGGAGGCCGAAAUGGAUGGGGACACACAAAUGGAAGAUGCGGCUGAAACCACACAGACUGAGGCUCUUGGGUCGAAGGUCAUUGCGAUACAUGUUGGCAGUCAGAACUUGAGGAUUGGACUGGCCAGCGAUGCCUUACCAAAGACUGUGCCCAUGGUCAUUGCCAGGAAGUCUAACGUCAACGAGUCAGAAGAGACCAGAGAACCUACACCUAAAAGGAUGAAGCUGGAUGAUGGUACUCCAAUAGACCCAGAAAAGAUGUUUGGGUCUGAGUUCUCCUCCCAGUAUACAUCGAUGGCCGCAGAUCUCAAGAUGCACAUGCGACAGAAUAAACGCAGGACCCUCCCAAAUUCAAAGGAAAUGGUUGUGAACUACAACCGGAGAACAGUUCCAGAUACUAUUUCAGAGCAUAAUGAUCCACUACGCAUUGAAUGGACGGAAGUCACGGACCCUGCACCCGAGUACAUUGUCGGCCAGGAAGCUCUGAGAAUCCCGGACUUAUCGAUUCCUCGUUACAAGCUGUAUUGGCCACUCAAGUAUGGCUGGUGCAACGAGAAGGAUUACGAGAACAAAAGGCUUUUGUUCUUGGAUAUUUCACUGAUCCUUGAAGAAGCGAUCAAGAAUCAAUUGGGUCUCACCAGCAAGAAAGAAUGGCCGCAGUAUUCUUGCGUGUUUGUUAUCCCGGAUCUAUACGAGAAGGCAUACGUUACUCAGAUUCUCGAAAUGUUGAUGAGAGAAUUUGCGUUUGCCCGAGUUUGUUUGAUCCAGGAGAGCCUUGCAGCCACCUUCGGUGCUGGGUUUACGUCCGCCUGCGUUGUCGACAUCGGCGCACAGAAAACCUCAAUAUGCUGUGUGGAGGAAGGCAUGUGCAUCGAAAACUCGCGGAUAAACCUGAAAUACGGAGGUGCGGAUGUCACAGAUACAUUUAUCAAGAUGAUGCUUUACGACCAUUUUCCCUAUGCGGAUAUCAAUCUACAGCGGAGAUACGAUUUUUUGUUGGCCGAGGAGCUGAAAAAGAACAUUUGUACUAUGAAUGAGGCCAGCGUCUCCGUUCAAUUGUAUGAUUUCCAUCUCCGCGUGGCUGGUCAAGAUACUCGAAAGUAUACUUUCAAAGCCUACGACGAACCUCAUCUGGCCCCGAUGGGCUAUUUCCAGCCAUCAAUAUUUGAUAAUACCCAGAAGCUCAUGGGACGAAGGAAGCUGAUUGCCCGCUCAGUUGAUAUUUAUGACGGUCAGCCAAACGACCCCAUGUCAGCGGCACAGUCCGAAAUUUUGAACUCCAUUGCUCCCCCGUUUGCGAAUGGGCACGUCAAUGAAGAAUCCCAGCAAGCCACGCUAGAUGUGCAGGCAACUCCAAGCCGUGCGCAGCAACCUAGCGCAGUCAGCCGCAUCCAGGAACUCGAGGCUACUCCUCGCUCUUCGAUUGCUGGUUCUCCCGCACCAGAAGCCAUUGGUACGCCUCAAGCAGGCGGAGCUGCGGCACAGACUCAAAGUGUUCAACUCCCUCGGACACCUGUUGUCGAAGACCGUGAUGACAUACUUCCCAUUUUCCCGUUAGACAACGCUAUUCUUACAUCUAUAUCCCACGCUGCUCGCUCUGACGAUCGUAAGAUGCGAGACUUCCUCGGAGGUAUCAUGGUUGUGGGAGGCGGUAGUUUAAUCAACGGCUUCCAUGCCUUCCUUGAAGAGCGACUGCAAAACCUUCGACCAGGUUUUGCUAAGGAGAUCAUGAUCGGCACGCCCCCGAGAGAUCUCGACCCGCAAGUCGUCAUCUGGAAGGGAGCAAGUAUAUUCGGGAAGCUGAACACCACCAACGACAGCUGGAUCGGCCAGUUAGAAUACGACAGGCUAGGCCACAGACUUCUGGCCUACAAGUGCAUGUGGGCCUACUGAAGAUGCUUUUUUUCUCUGGCUUGGAUUUCUAGUGAAAGCGUUAGAUGGACUAGUUACGAUAUAUGAGUGUCCUCGUUUACUGGAAUUUUGUUGCAUUAUAUCUAGUAAUUAAGAAGAACCUGAUGAAAGGGUAUUCCAAACAGAGUAGAAUAUUCC